AUGACUGACAAACGUGGAACAAACUCAAAUAAAACUUUCAAUUCCAAAAGAAAGAAAUUAGAAAAAACAAAGGACAAAACAUCGUUUGAGAAUUUGUCAAAUGAAAUUCUCUAUGAAAUUCUCGACUAUAUUGAUGGUUAUACAAUAUAUAAAGCAUUUUCAAAUUUAAAUAUUCGUUUUCAAACACUGAUCAAUUCUCCGAUACUCCGUCUCAAAAUCUCAUUGGAUAAACUAUCGCAGACGAAAUUUUAUGUUUAUCGAAAUCAAGUUAUUCUUCCUAAUAAACAUCGAAUUAUUUCACUUCAUUUACAAAAUUUCAACAUCGUAGAAACAUUUUUUCAAUCUUGUUACAUCGAUUCCUCGUACGAUCGUCUUGAAUCACUUGAACUUUUUGAGAUUUCAUCAUCAAGAUGUCUUUCGAUUCUUCCUAUUUUACAAUUAUUACCUCGUCUCGCGAAAUUAGCCAUGGAAUUUGCCGACUCGAACUAUAUGUAUCUUGGUGAUAUAUAUUCAACUAUUUUACGUUUACGGUCUUUGAAAUAUUUCUUUAUCUCAUCUGAUACAUAUCGACUAAAUACUUUGGCACCUUUUCUUAACAAUGAAGCGUUUUCUAAGAUUGAAACGUUAAUCAUAGAUCAUUAUUGCACCAUCGAUGGACUUAUUUCUAUUCUUCAUUAUACUAGACGAUUAAAAUGA